CCUCGCUAGAGUGUCGGGAGUUUUCGCCUGUUCACAGCUUAGCGGGAACAGCGUAAAAGUCGAGCAAGAUUUAAAUGAAAUGAGAUUAUGUCACAAUAAUACGAUCUAAGUAUUUGAGUUAAGUCCCUGUGAGCCCUAGGUCUGGAAGUGAUUGUCAUGAGCCGAGAGGGGAGUCGAUCGGUGGCGAGCCAGAUGGGGGUCUUCCCGGAGUCGCAGGAUGAGUCCCUUUUGGCGUCUUGGCGACUCCAGCGCCUCGGACCGCGGAGCUACCUGGCGGUCCCCGUUCUCUCCGCUGGAAGCUGCAAGACAGCUUUCUGAAAAGUUGACAUUCAAAUCUAGUUUAAUUCUGUCAAACCCGGGAACGGCGAUCGGGAGGCAUGGAGAUCCAGGAGCAACAACCGCAAAAUUAGCAUCUUUACAGAGAAGGCCAGGAAUAGGAGAGUGACAUUCCACCCAGAAUGGAAGUGUGUCCUUAUUGUAAGAAGCCAUUUAAACGAUUAAAAUCCCACCUGCCCUAUUGUAAGAUGAUACAACCAAUGACACCUGCUGACCAAAAUGUUUGUCAGUCCAAGCAGACCACACACCCACGUGCCAAAAAAAUGAAAAGUCCAGUCAAAGACUUAAUUAAAGCUAACAGGAAAGAGUUGGGGACAAAGAGUGAGAAAAGAAAUACUCAGUUGAUACGGGACAAACCAAAACAGACUAUUGAGUCCUUUCCACUACCAGCUGUUGGUUUGGAAAAAGCAAGUAAUACAAAGGCAGGUAAAGACAUCAAGAAUCAAAUUCAAUUCUCCCUCAAAAUGUUAAAUCCUGAACCAAAGGAUUUGUUCAAGGGAGAAACAAAGGCUCAGUUUUAUGCGUCAAAGACCACUAUUCCUAACGGAGGACUUCCCAAAGAUUUGCCUAAAUCACGGGAAAGUAGAAGUAAUUCUUCAGAAACUAAAGCAUCUUUACCUUUUGGCCCAAUGGAACCUUCGUCAAAUCAAGAUAGAAAAUAUUCUUCAGCCUUACCUAAUGAUGUACAAAACACUUCUGCUGAUUUAAACUUGGACAAAAUUGAUUCCUCAAGACAGAAAUGUCUAGUAAAAUUACUAGAAAUGCCUACUGGAGAUUAUCAUCGUUCUCCCAUGAAUCUCAAUGAUGGAGGUAAAAGAGUAAGAACAUUAUGUUCAAGUGAUGAGAGCGCUUCCAAAGCCAGGGACCACCUUUUGGAGGUCUGUUCUGAUGUUAGAGACUCUGAGAAUGAGGAAGAGCACAUGGAAUCACAAAGGUUAGGUUUUAAAGUUAGCCCAUUAGGUAAAAUCCAAGUCAAGGAGAACCCAGGAAAAGGACUUCACCUUGGAGUAGAGACACGUGGGAACCAAGGACAUGCACAGAAAAGAGUAUCUGCUACAGAAAUGCAGGAUUGCUCUUCCAUGAGCAGUGACUCUAAGAACUUCAAUACAGAUGAGUCAGCCACAGAGAAGAAGUUUCAAGAUGAGAGUCCCAAUUUAAAUCUGUUCACAACAAGAGAGACAACUUGCAAUGAUUUUCUUCCUGUAUCACAGUCAUGCAAUCAAAGUCUUGCCUCCCUGGCCAUAAAAUUUCUUCAAAAAGAGAAAGCAGAAGCCUUUGAUCGUGAUCAAGUCCCUGAUGUAAAGACACUGACGGAGAGUGAGGAGCAAGCUUCCGUGGUGCCCAAAUCUGGCGUUGGGCCCCCUGCCUCACACCCUGAGUGCUGGGAGUCUUUACCUUCACCUGAGCAUUAUGCUUCUAAAAGCCUCAUCACCAGGCAGAUGAAUAUUGUCGACCGGAAUACCCUUCCUAGCUCCCUGGGGCUGGAGUGGUUUCCAGAGCUCUAUCCUGGUUAUCUUGGACUAGGGGUGUUGACAGGGAAGCCUCAGUGUUGGAAAUCAAUGGCCCAGAAGCCUCAGCUCAUCAGUCCAGAGGGGGAAAGACUGUCACAAGUUCCCCUGUUGGAAAGAAGUUCGACUGCUCUGUGGAGUGGGGAACCCCCGACCAGGCCUGCCACCUCCAGCGUCUCUCUGACGAGGCUCUUGGGAGCUGUGCAGAAAGGCUGGAUCAAGUGCAGCACCUCCAUGAAGAGUGGAGUUGGUGGCGUCACGAUGCUCUUUACAGGAUACUUCGUUCUCUGUUGUAGCUGGAGUUUCAGGCAUCUGAGUUGUCACUGGAGAUCUGUUUGCCUCCUAGAAGAUCGGGCCUCUUCUCCUUGGUGACUUUUUAAUACCUUCCUAAGAACUUCUUUUUUAGAUUGAAACCGGCUUUCUACCCCAAAACAGAAGAGAAACAGAAUACAGCUGUCACUCAUCAGCUUAUUGCUGUCAGAGUUGAUCUACUUUUAGCAAUUAAAAAACACCCUUCUAGUUAUGAAGUAAAUGCCUGGGUUUCAUUUCUUUUAAUUCAGGAUGCCUUUGGCUCGUUUUUUAAUGUAUUCUAGAAAAAUACAGUUAAAAGUUUUAAAAGACAUAGAAAGACGUUAAAAGAGCCCCGACACUUUCAGAUGAAAACUUUUGAUGUAAAAGUACAAGAUAACCAUUAACACUAAUAACAGCCAGUAGAAUUCAUGAACUCCUAAAACAUUGGAUCUUUUGGCCAAUCAGUGCCAGUGAGCAGGAGGGCAGGCCAGGCGGCAGAGAUGGGACUGAAGCUCCACCUGUCCGGUGACUGGUGGCACUGGGAGGGCUGCUCUGACACACCUGGGCAUUGGUGAGAAAGAGGAGUUCCUUUCUGACAUCCCCACAUAAAUGGAGACCCAGGACCACUUGUGUGAAAGGGACACCUGAGGUGGUUUUUCACAUCUGUAAAUUGAGGCUGCAGAAAAUGAAGCUGAAACUUCUCACUGUUGGCUAAGACUUGACUUCUCAGUGUAACAGCACGAUCUGUAGAGGCAAGGGAUAAAAAGUCGAUUGAAGUGGGCUCUUGGAUCCUUACAUGUAUCUCUGU